UUGCUAAAUUCCGGGACAGGAAAGGCACUUCCUGUGCUGCACCAGCGCUCUUUGGGGAAAGCUCACAUUCCCUCUGUGUCCCUGCAUCAUGGACAGGACAGCUGUGGUGACGAGCUCCAGGGAUUCCUCUCUGCCACAGUUCAACACCUCCACAUCCACCUUGGCCUUUGACCAGCACUUCACCACAAACACCACAGGAAUACUGCUUUUGGCUGAGAUACUGAGCGGUAUGUUGGUCUGGAUCCUGGUUGGAGGCACAGAUUACUUCCACCUGUCUGCUCUCAGCUGGGUCAUGUUUGUGGCUAUCCUGCUUUGGAUUCUAACCAUAUGCCUGUUCAUAAUUUAUCUCACCCGAGCCCACAGCAGAAUACCACAGAUCCCUUGGACUACAGUGUCUUUGUGUUUUAACUGCAGUGCUGCUGUUUUAUACCUGGUGACAGCUGUGAUAGAGGCUGUAACUGUGAACCAGGCCAUCAGAGGGCGACACAACUACAACUGUUGGGCAGCAUCAGCAUUCUUUGCGUUUUUGGCCACUUUGUGCUACGCAGGAAGUGGCUAUCUGAGCUACUGCGUGUGGAAAACAAAAGAAGAACAGUAGAGCUUCUCCUGACCCCCAGAUUUCCAUGUGGGUCAACAGAAGUCUAAAGAGAAGCAGAACGCAGGUUCUCUAUCAACCAGCACAGCUGACGCCACAGUUGAAGAGGUUCACUGAUAAACUAAAUCAAUAUGAAAAA